AUGGAAGGAGAGAACGAGGAAGAGGAAGAAGAUAUGAAAGCGUGGGCAGGCAAAGCGCAACUGAGAGAAGGAGCCAGAGAGAUGAUGAAAGGGGUAAGAGAGAAUAAAAUUAAUGAUGUAGAUUAUUAGACUGUGGUUAAUGAUGGUUAACUCCAUUCGUAUCAAAUAAUGUAAAUGCGUUCCAUCUAUUGUGUCAGAAAAAUUAUUAAUGAUCAACAAACUAUCAGAAACUAUAAUAGGACUAAUGGUCAGUGUAGCUGAUUUCUGUUUCAAAUGUGAAAGUCACAGAAAAUCUAAUAUGCAUCAAGAGAGAACAUUAUGCAGGACCAUGCGAGUAGUGUCUAGAUCUGGAGUUCAGGGUGGACGAUCUAGUCAGCAUAUUUUAUAUUUUUAUCUUAGCAUUUAACUACAGUCAGCUGUCGAUAAUUCAAACUUUCUAGGGUUACAAAAAUGUUCAAUUCUGUCUAAUUUCCAUAAAUGCCUUUUUUUCUUUACCGAAAACAUCUCUUGUUCAUUUAACUUUGUUUUUUUCUUUUUUUCAGUCAGAUGUCACAAGUGUAGGAAGCUUGGGCACAGACAUGCCCAGUGCCCUGAAAAAACCAAACCAGGGGAACCUAAGAAAAUUAUUAAUUAUUUUUAUUUUAAUGGAACUCUGGAUAAUGGAAAAUUUCAAUAAAUUAAUGAAAUUUUGCAUUAUCAAGAUGGUUACUACUGUAUUUGCUUGAGUACUCUGCCCAAAGACAAUGCAAAAUGUCAAGAUAAAUAAACAAUCUUGGGUUGAAUUAACAGUGUAAUGUUUCAACAUGGUGGCAGAUAGUCUGAAUGGUAGAGUGUUUCACGGAAAUAUGGUCAUAACCUUUUAGAAUAGACCUUUUGAUCUUUUAUCAAAUUAUCGUAACAAAUUUAAAAAUAAAUAAAUAAAUAAAUAAUCCAAAAUUUCGGACUUAAAAAGGUUAUACUUUCGAUUUCCAGCUGACUGCAUGGUAUUGACAUUUUCAGUAUGAUUUAUAUUAAACUUAGGGUGCUUUCCAUUUGUCAGAGCUGACCGGCUAACCCAUUCCCACCCAACGUAUCUUAAUCGAAACUAACCAUCCAGAUCAGUCAAAUCCUUUUCGUUUAGUGCAAUGUUGCUAAGAAAGAUUCAGUUAAGCUCAUUUUUGGGUCGACAAUUUGUCAGAUUGGUUGACCCGAAAAUGAGUUUUACAAAUCUUUCUAAGCAACAUAAUUGCAAAAAAAGAUAAAGAUAAAAUAAUAUUUUGGACUUAAAAAGGUUAUACUUUUGAUUUCCAGCUGACUGCAUGGUAUUGACUUUUCAGUAUGAUUUAUAUUAAACUUAGGGCGCUUUCCAUUUGUCAGUAAUGAGAAUGUCACUUUUAAUCAAAACUAACCAUCCAGAUCAGUCAAAUUCUAAAUAUUAUGCACAAAGGAGAUGGUUUUUCAGCAAAAUCUCAAGCAAGACCUCUAACACCACUUUUCGCAUGAUGAAACGUAUUUUUGUAAAUAAAGUGGUCCUCAUGUUCUUGGAGUUACAACUAUUUUAAUGGAUUCCGCUUUGUUGAUGUAAACAUAGAUUCUGCAGAAAUUGUUUUACCUGAGAAACCCUUUUAAAGGAUUGGUUGCAAACGUUCAUUGUUUUAUUCAGAGCCUUGUGCAAAAGGAAGCGAGUCUCAAAUUGCUGAAGUUAAUAAUGCCAAUGGGCAUGUAGCACCUGCUCGGAAGAGAACUCGCCAAUGCCUAAUCCUGACGCCAAACAAUACUAAAACAAUUGGAAGAAUGACUUGUCAUUGUUUCCUGCGACCAAUUAGGAGAGACUUAACGAGCAGCUUCUACACUGCCCAUGCCAAUGCGUGCUUUGUUCAUUGUUUAAGUGCAUUUAUCUGCUCUAGCCAUUUUGCAGGCACUGCUUUCAAAUCAUCACGGGCAAGUACCUACCACGUAUACGUUAAAAGAAGUAGACACAUGAUAGAGCCCUGUGGGAGACGAAACCAAAGUUCAAAGAUUUCGAAAUACGAUCGGAGCCCCAACUCUGGCCCCGUGAACACCCCGAUAAUAUGGACAGCAGCUAAUUCCCAGGCAAAGAUAUAUUACAAGACCCAGUUGUUGGAAAGCCGAUUAGCGCUAACCCAUGGACAAAUUUUAACCCAGGUCCUAGUUCUUUAAAGGCCGAUUAACGUUAACCCAGACCCGGUUUUCUCUCUCUUUUGUUUAAAAGCAUUUUCUUGGAUAAUUUUCCCUUUACUUUUAGAGCAUCCAAUCAUCAAUUCUGGCAUAUUUCGCACUAACCCUGGGUUAUCUUAACCCCGCUUUGAACAACCCGGCCAGACAUCUGUCUGAAAUAAACUCCCGCCAUUAGGGACAUCUCGCUAAUGGAGGUCCCUACAGCGUCCGCUAUCAAGGAAGAUGACUAUAAAUCAGAAACUACUCAAUCAAAAACUUCCCACAGACAAGAGGCAAACAGCUGUUACUUGCAAGCGUGACAGGAAACAGCCGCCCUCUCAUCGCUCCCCGCCACUAACAAGGUUCUGCAAGCGAUCGUGCCCAUAAAGAAACAUCCCCAGCGGCAGAGUGCUCAGAGGCUGCUGAAAACAAGACGCACUGCCGUACCUCACCUCCCCUCUGCUAUGCAUAAGACCUGUACACUUUGUCAAUGAGAUUACAAGACACAGGUAAGAAGAGGAAAGGGUUCGGGAGUUUAUUAGGAAAAAAACUUAAGACCUUACGUAAUAAGUACGCUCACAAAAUGAAGUAAACGUUUUCCGUUCGUCAGCUUUGGAACAGAGGUUCUUUUGCUCGCGCGCGGUAAAUGUCUAUUAUGACGCCAUUUUAAAGAACAGAGUUGGAUCUUUCAGUAUGCAGAUCUUUCGUUGAAUGCUACGUACAGAUCAGCGAUGAAGGCCGGUCCAGUUAUAGGGCCCUUUGUUUUUUCCUUUUAUAUGUUACAAAGCGUUUUUCAGUAUUUCAAAGGAAAAUGUAGUGGAAAAAGGUAAGAAAGUAUCUUCUUGCUUUUCUUUUGAAGACAAAGAAUCCUUUUUUCGCGGUUAGAGUUAAAAGCAGUUUCAAGGCCAAUUGAGAUGAGGCGCCUGUUGAUCAGUUUCAAUAAAAGGAUAAUGCAACGAGGACAAGCUACUAAAACAUUUAAACAAAAGAAGGAGAACUAUUCCUGAAGCAGUAUUUAGAAACUUGUUUUUUAGAUAAAAAAGAUCGUGCAACUUUCGGUAAUUUUUUACUUUUUGGUAUUUACUAUAAGUUGUCGGUUUUCGAAAACAAAAAACGUCGUCCAUGGUAACCGUUUGUAAUAAUCUUGGUGCUGACCUAAAGGAACGCAGUGUUUGUGAGAGCCUGCGUUCACUUUGGUCAGCAGCUGAGACGCAGACUCGUUCCCAGCGUUCCCAGUCGUCGGAAGAUCGCGCUCCAUUCCAAGCCUCCUCGUUUUAUUUGGAUAGCGCGAACUGACCUGAGGGCGAGGCUAGCUGGGGCGUGAAAUAGGAGUGCGCGCGCGUGCUGCCUCACGCAAGCAAAUAAGGUUUUUACUUUGUCAGUGAGAUUACAAGACAUUUCUAGUGCAUCAAAUUUUGCAUUUGAAACUUAAAGCUAUUUUAAAUCAAAUAUGAACUAUAGCUAAUUGUGUUGUGUUUAUUUUUAUUAUCAGAGAAUUUGCAACGGGUGAACUUAAAAUUCAAGAAUUAACGGAAAAAGCGCCAGUGAAAAUAGAACAGGAAAGUCAAAAAGUAAGCUUAUGUUUACUGCAUGUUAUGAACAUUUCACUUUAAGUUAUUCUUGCAAACAAGUUUUUGUGCCAUUCAUUAACUCCCUUAUUGGAUUAUUGACUGUGUGUGGGCCUGUCGUCUGCAAUAAGGCUUAGAAAUGUUGAAUAUUUAUGAGGUUUUUGGAACUUUACGGUCCAUGUAAACAAAUAAAACGGGAGAAAGUAAAUAAAAUAAUUAUGAAAGCAGUCGAUAUCAGUUAUAAAUCUAUUCUCUCCCAUUUUGAAGUUUCAUUUACAAAACUACACACUUUCAAGUUAUAUAUAGUAAAACGCCAAGUCCUGUUCAAUACUCAUUUCAUAGUCUGAUUUAUAACUUAUUUCAUUCAUCUUGAUUGACUAGUGCCCUGUUAAACGUAGAAGAUCAGAAGAGCAGUUAGACAACAUUAAGACAAAGAAACAAAGAAAGUCGAUCUCACUGUAUAAACUUAAAGCUGUCAAGAUGAUUGGUGAGGGAGCGUUUGGAAAGGUGAGAGACUGUCAUAAGGAUCAAACAAUAAUCACAAACGAUUCGUAAUAUUAAUUUUCACAAAAUUUAAAGUAAUUUUCGGCGCAUCACUGCGCUACAGCGGCCAGUAUUUCGUGGUAAAAAAACUAGCGAUUUAUCAAUUACUUGAUUAAUUAUUUAGAUAAAUAAUUAUCUAUUUAUUAAUUUCUAAAGAAGUGGAAAGGCUUUGUUUUCUUUGUUUUUUCUUUGUUUUCUUUCGUUUUUGCGAGGUGUAGGCUCUUUUAAUUACCAAAUAAGCGAUCAAAGGUGAAUAUGAUAUACACACUGUGUAAUUCCUUCUUUCUCCAAUAAGUGGAUGAUCUCUGGGGCUGUUUUUCCAGUAAGAAGUAACUUGAAGUUCUUUGAAAAAAGGCCGGUAAGACUGCGCCUAUCAACCGGACCAUCUGAAAGUUUGUUCAAUUCCAAAAUAUCUGUCAACGUUUUUAUAGGUUCGUCUUUGUGAGGACCGUCGCACCAAGAGACAAUACGCGGUAAAGCAGAUAAUUGAACCUGACCCAAGCAGUGUGGAAGAGAAAGUAUUGAGCUUAGCCUCGUCCAGUCCUUUCAUAACAAGACUUUGUGAAGAGGUUGAGAACCCGGUAUGAUACUUUUAAAAAUUGUACAAACAUUUUUACUCCUUUUACCUCCGCGUUAAACUCCCACUCCCGCCCGUUCACCCAUGUGGAAAAAAUGACCGGCCAAUUACAUUUAAAGCAUACCGACAUCUUGACGAACUUGCAGAAAAACAGGGGACUACAAACCUUCGAAAGAUUGUGAAUUAUACCUGUGCUAUAAGGCUUGAGUGAGGCGUUUGUGGCCGAGCGUUUAACACCUCAAACUCUGGAUCUGAAUGUUCUAGGUUCAAGCCUCGCCAGUCGCGUUGUUUCCCAAGACAAGGAACUUUACUCCACUUUGUCUCUCUUCACCCAGAUGUAUAAACGGGUGCCAGCGACAUACUGCUGGGGGUGAACCCUGCGAUGGACUAGCAUCCCGUCCAGGGGGGAGAAGCAAUACUCCUAGGCUUGCAUCAUGCUUCGGAAACCGGUAUAAACUCCGACGGUAUGGGUCUUUGGCUCGUGUACGCCUUUACCUAUAACGGCUCCAGUGGGCGUUUCUCUCUGUGCCUCAUUAUCUUUCUCAAUUUUGUUCACUAUAACCCAAAAGAAAAUAGUAUGUUAUGGGUCAACUAAAAACUUCUUUGUAUUUUCAUAUUAUAGUACCCUGGCCAUUUCAUUAUACUAGAGUUCGUUGAAGGAGGAGACCUUUUCACUGAAUUGGAUGAGAAUGGAUGGCUCAGCGAAAAUCGAACUAGGUAAUCAUACUUCCAUAUCAAAGUUCUUAAGCAACUGUUAAGAAAACAGUCUAUAACAAACGUCACAAUGAAAGAAAACACGACAGAAUUUAACACAUUUGGUCAGGUUUUCCUUUUAAACCGAAUACCUAAUAACGCUUCAGUAAGACACGUUCCAUUAGUACUGGGUCGAAAUCAUCGUAAAUUAUUCUUGACCUACUCAUCUUUUAACAACGACUGGUUCUAUCAAUUGAGUUCUACUCAAUACAUGUAACCUUAAAAUUGAACUGAGGAUGCAAAAACCAAUAAAAAAAAUAAUUCUGUCAAAAUAAGCGAUCGAAACUUCACCUCACAUACGUGGACGUAUACAAAAAAUGUACCACCUAUGGACCAAGCCGAUGGACCGCUUCGUGUACCGGGUCCAUGGACUAUCCCUGUGGACCACGCCUAAUUUUCGAACAUGAAUUUGACCAGGGGUCUAAACAAAAUUUUUGGAACCUUGAAUGGACGAAAAUGUGGUCAGUUUUUAUUAUCAGUGGUAUGGGCUCAUUAUGUUUUACACUUGUUUAUUUUUUUUCAAUUCCAUACUAUUUGAAUAUAAUGGGUUCGUUUUAGUCUGGCGAAGGAUUCAACAUAUUUUAGAGGAGCAGAAGUAGGGAAGAAGUAGUAUCCUACGCAGUUUUUUUUUGUGUUCCCGUUUGUUUGAAAAUCGGCUGUGUUUGAGACUAAGAAAGAAAUCGUAAGACGUAGUGUACUUAAAACAUCCUAUUGCUCGUCGUUUUGUUUUAGGUUUUACACUGCUGAGAUCAUAGCUGGAUUACAAUUUUUACACCAAAAAGGUGUCAUUCACAGGUGAGUGAAAAAAAUGAGAAGUAGCUGAAAUUCACAUUUGGUUGGUGAUUUCGAUCACUGACGUAUUAAUAUGGUAAAGUUAAAAAAAACAAUGAAUUGAUACCGUCGGACCUUUAUUUUGCUGCUUCCUGAACGGCCAACAGUCACGUACAAAAAUCGGGGCGGGCAAAAAUUGUCAGCCGUAAAUCACCUGACUGUAAAAAGUAGGUAAUCGUUUGCUAGAUCAUUGUCUAUGGUAUCAUGACAGGGCCUCUCUCCUCCGCAGAGGCCUCUUUGUAUUGUAGGGAGGACUGGAGAGAGGGAAACAGAGAGCGAGUGGGGGACGAUGGGAAGGGGAAAGAGAGAAGCGAGGCCUCGCUCCCGCUUUUUCCCUCUUCCCAUCGUCCCCCGAGCGCUUUCUAUUUUUUCAUUAUUGCUAUUUUUACUGGGAUACCCAGCGGGAGUCUUCGCAGAGUUAGGAGAGAGUGACAGGGCUCAGCGUUCUGUACAGUCCUUGCAUGGUUGAAGAAAGUUAACUUUAUAAUUAUGCGGCUAUUUAUCUCUGUUCCUCGAAGAUUAUGUCGCACCACUUUUGGCUUAGUUUACUUAAAAAUCAAUGUCUUUAAUAUUUGUGUAAAUUUUUAUUUAUCGUAUGACAGGGACUUGAAACCUGAAAACAUUUUGCUGACCAAAAAUGGGCACAUUAAAAUCAGUGAUUUUGGAUUGUCCGCUAUCAUCGAUCCAGUUAAACAGGAAAAGAUUUACAACGCAGAAAUUAUCGGGACACCUCUUUACAUGGCUCCUGAGGUAAAUCAUGGAACUGUAACGUUAGUUAAGGGGAAAAUAUGGUUAAAAGCAUUAUUUUUGGUUGAUUUCCCCACCUUUUCCUAAAUAUCUAGCCAAGAUUUCAUUCAAUCAAAAAAUGACUCAGUUAUGUUACAGUCCUUCGAAUGUUUUUAUUGUAUAAAAGUUAGGGGGGAAGAUGUUUAAAAUUUUGGGAAAAUAUUGGAUUUGGGGGUUAUUAAAAAUUAAAAUAUGAAGUUAAUAAUUAGUAGACAAUUACCAGAUAGUCCACCACCACAACAAGGUGCCUCUGAUCCCAUUAGCGGAAUAACUGGUACACCUUUUCUAACCUGAUCAACAUCAUCUCCCAAAAAACAAACCGUAAUUCCCCCUUAAGCCCUGUGAACCAAGUGUCUAAAUCCGUUUCUCGUGUAGCUGCGUGGUCAAUAGUAUUUUAUCCCAGAUCUAGGACCCAUUUCAGAACCACCAUCCAAAAUAUCCCUGGGAAAAUUUAACAGGGUUCUAACAAGGACAGCCCAAUUAUAUUCUGUUAGGGUAGUUUCUGCUUUUUACUUACUGAAUCAGCGCUGAUAAUUAAUGCAGGCUAUACAGGCUAUACAGGCUAUAAAAUAUGGGGUUUUCUUGUAAGAGAUAUAUAUCUGUUACAGGGUAUAACUGUACUAAUGUUACCUGCACUGGAAGAAGGAAGAGUUGCAAGUUCAGUUUCCACAAAGCUAACAAUACACGACAUGAUCUACUCAUUAAAAAAUCACAAACCUCGUAGUAAGAUCUUUUGCUUAGGAGAAGCUCGGCUUGUUUUCAGGGAAUAACAUUUUAUCGUGCUGAUGUUUGCUUAGUGCAAGGUGUUAUUUGUUGCAGAUUAUUUUACAGGACCCAUACGACGCAUGUGUGGACUGGUGGGCUCUUGGAGUCAUGGUGUUUACGAUGCUCACUGGAAUGGUUUGUAUUUCAAAUGUUAUUUCAGUUAUCUUGUUCUUAACACGAAAAAGGUGAAACUGAACUUAGACUAUGAUGAUGGUAACCUUCUUAGUUAACAAUGUACAUUUCAGAUGCCGUUUGAUGCUGAAUCGGAGGAUGAGUUAUUUGAUUUGAUCGUAUAUGACUACCCACAGAAACCGGACAAAAAAACAAUGUCUGAGCUGUCCAUUGACGCCACUGAAUUGUUCCUACACGUAAGUGUCAAAUACAUGAAUCAUACAUGAAAAGUUAUAUUCCCUUCAUAUUUUAAAUGUACCAAAAUUAUUUAUUGCCAGUCGAUAACAAUAGAGGCAAGACUUAGUGAAAAAAUCCAAAGAUUGACUCCCUACCCCCGGGGUAAUCCCCAUAACGGAUUAUACGGGGAGGCUCUGUCAGAAUGGGUUACCUUUUCUAGGAUUCAGGUAUAUUGAAGGGUAGAGAAAUCUUUUUUAUGUUCGAAUGAGUGAAGAACAAAUAUGACUAGACUAAAACUAGGUCAACGUUGACUUCUGUUACAUAAAAACAGCAUAAAAACAUAGCAUUUCAAAAAACAAAGAUUUCUGAGUUGAGAGUAAAUACCGAUAUUACAAAACAUAUCACAUUUUUCGGAUGUUUACAGUUACUAGAGAAAUAUCCGCAAGACCGUCUCGGGUGUAAAGGAGGCGAUUACCCCUGCAUCAGAGAUCAUGCUUUCUUUCACGGCUUUGACUGGAACAGACUGGAGGCAUUGGAACUCGACCGCCCACCUUAA